AUGUUUUCUCUACGAAGAGUAUCUACUCAGAUCAUUAACAAAAGAACCUUAUCUGGGAUUCGACCUAUUCUUUGUCUUCGUGGUUAUGCAACUGCUCAAGACAUUUCAUCUUUGCUUCUCGUCGAUCACAAAAAUAAAGCUAUUGCGAGUUCUACAUUAAAUGCGUUCACAGCUGCUUCAAAACUCGGUGUUUCAGAGGUUUCCAAAAUUAAAGGUGUUUCCAAAGUUCUCGUAGCGAAAGAUAAAGUUUACGAGCACGGAAUUGCAGAAGUUUAUGCACCUUUACUUGCGUCAACUCAAAAACAGUUAAAGUUUACGCAUUUGAUAGCUCCUCAUUCAGCAUUUGGUAAAAAUAUUAUGCCUCGGACGUUAUUGGUAUCGAAUCGCCGGAUGCUCCAAUUUUUCAG